CUCCUCCUUUAGAAACCAUUACAACAGAUAUGACUACCUUUUGUCAAAUAGAGGAUAUUUUUUAAGUUCAUCUCACCUCUGACCAGGCUAGAGUGAUUGCUAAGAAACUACCCUUUGGGUUUAGCGUUAGUUUAAGCAGAUAAUCUAAAAGAGACGUCAAAAAGGUCCAAUAGGAUAUUUCAUCUGAGGAUGAUAAUAAAGUCGUUAAAAAGCCUUAUGUAGCACCAUAUAGAGUUGAAAAUUCAGCUGACAUCAAAAAAUGUUUGGCCUUACUAUAAAGAUUGAAAAAACAUUAAUUGGCAGCUCCAUUUUUAAGAAAAUUGGAUAAUGUUAAUUAUCCUUAAGAAUUAGAAUAUGUUGACUUAUAAACAGUCGAACUGAAUCUCAAAAAUAAUGUUUAUCAGACAGCUACUUAAUUUUGGGUAGACAUUAAGAAGAUAUGGUAAAUGUCCUAUACAAUGAACAACAAAGGUUCUUAAUUAUAUGCAAUGACUUAAGAACUGGAAUAACAUUUUAAUGAAUUGUAUAAAGAAUUAGAUAAACCAUAUCCAUAAAAAUAAAUAGUUGAUCAACCAGUUAAAACUGAUAAAUAAUAAAAGAAACCUCCUGCAGUGCAUUAGACACCAGCCCUUAAUAAGAAGCCAGUAAAGCAGCCUAGUCCUAUGGAAUAACCGAUGAAUAUGUAAGAAAAGAGAGCCUUAGUUUCAAAUAUAAAUAGUUUACCACCUGAACAUUUGAGAGGAGUUUGGGAGAUCGUGUCUGAUGGAUUAAAAAUCUAAGACUAAAGUGAAGAACUGGAAUUCGAUAUAGAUACACUCCCUGUCAAAAAAACUAGGCAAUUAGAAAAAUAUGUAAACACUAAACUGGAACACUUAAGAAAAUAGCAAAAUAAGAAAGUCGCAGAAGAAACUAAAGAAUAAGAUAAAACCGAUAGGAUUGUUCAUACAGCUAACACUGCAUAUAACUAUGCUUCAUAACCGGCUAUUCAACAAAAUCAACUUGACACUGGAGACAGUUCAUUUAGCAGUGAUGCUGAGAGUUCUGGGUGAGCAUGAUUUUCAUUUUUAUUUUUUUGAUUAAAUCAUUUAAAAUAAUAUUUUCUCAUUUUUAAUUAAAA